GCUGAGCGAACACGAACAGAUAGGAUCCAGGGCUCCGGCGGCGGACCUGGCUGUGUGCUGUACUGCGACCUCACCGGCGGCUGCCCUGCGACCUCGCCGUGGUCCGACGUACAACGGACAGCCGCCCCAUCCCCGUGCCUCCAUUCUCCACCUCGGCGUCACCCCCCACCACACCCGGCGCCUACCUCCGCCAUCCGCCGGCGGCUAGAUCCGUCGUCGCCAGAGAAGAGAACUCCAGCCCUUCAGGAAUGAUGGAGUCAAUGACUAGUAUUGCUCCAAGUGUCGGGUCAACUACAGCGAUGGGACUUGAAGAUGAUGCCAACAAUUUUUCCAUGGUCCAAACGAGAUUUGGCAUAAAUGAUGAAGAUCGUUACAGCACACCGAAAAGAACCAGUAGCCUACCCGCGUGUGGGUCAACUUACGAGCCAGAGUGUGAUGACAGCCUACAACCCUCAAUUGGAAUGCGAUUUGAUAGCUGGGAGGCAGGUUUGGCAUUCUAUAGAAUGUAUGCUCAUGAGGUUGGCUUCUCUGUACGCAUAUGGACACAACACAAAGGAGAGGGUGGUGUAAUAAUCUGGAAGAAGUUUGUUUGCGCAAGACAAGGUUGGAGGAAGAGAAAAUCAGUGGAUCUAGGUCAAGUUACUCAAGAAGUGGGGAGAAAAAAGGCUAAAAGAAAUAUCAAGAUAAGCAGAUGCGGUUGCGAGGCUAUGAUGGGAUUGAAGAGGCAAGAUGACAAUAAGUACGAGGUCGUCCAGUUUGUUCAAUCGCACACGCACCAACUUGUCUCACCAAGUAAGAGGCAUCUCAUCAGGUCAAAUAGAGAGGUAACUAGUGAUUUGAGAAACAAAUUAUUUACAUGCAGUAAGGCAUUGCUUGGCACUUCAAAAACUUUUCGCUUGCUUAGCACAGAGAAGGGUGGGCUAGAAAAUAUCGGUUGCACAAAACGUGACUUACAAAACUGUCAGCGUGAUUUCAAGGCAGCGAUUAAGGGAGCAGAUGGACAACUUAUAGUAGAUAUAAUGGAAAAUAAAAAAAAGGCCAAUCCAGCAUUUUAUUUUGAUUACCAGGUAGAUGAGAACAAUAAACUGACAAAUAUUUUCUGGGCUGAUAGUAUAUGUAGAAAGAACUAUUCAUUAUUUGGUGACGUUGUAUCCUUCGAUUCUACAUAUCGGUUUAACAAGUAUGACCUGGUAUUUGCCCCUUUUACUGGAGUUAACCAUCACAAAUCUUGUGUUACAUUCGGUGCUGCAUUCUUGUCAAACGAGAAGAUUGCAUCAUACAAAUGGUUAUUUCAGACUUUCUUGAAAGCAAUGUGUGGGGUUGCACCAAAGCUAGUCAUAACCGAUGAGGAUCAAAGCAUGAGAAGAGGAAUAGAAUCUAUAUUUCCGAACACAAAGCAUCGACUCUGUAUGUGGCAUAUUCUGAUGAAACUCCCUGAAAAAGUUGGACCCAUCUUGAGAGACAAUGAAGAUUUUAAACCACGAUUCAUGGCAUGUGUCUGGGGAUCAGAGACUCCAGUUGAGUUCGAAUCACGGUGGUCCUCAAUAAUUUCUGAGUUUGGCCUAGAGGAUAAUGAAUGGUUGAAAGAGAAGUAUGGUUUACGGGAAUCAUGGAUUCCAGCAUACUUUAUGGAGUUCUCCCUUGGUGGAAUAUUACGUACAACAUCUAGAUCUGAGAGUGAGAAUGCAUUUUUUCAACACUUCACUAACCGAAAGCUUACCUUGAUUGAGUUUUGGGUAAGAUUUGAAACCGCUUUGGAAGAGCAACGACAAAAGGAGUUGCAAGAGGAUAAUUGUGCACUUCAUACCUUGCCAGUACUCGAGACUUGCUGGGGAAUUGAGGCUCAUGCCAGAGAAGUGUAUACUCACAAUAUUUUUGUUGCUUUCCAACGUGAGGUGGUGGCUGCUAGGGAUCGUCGUCAUGUCAAAACCAUUGAGCAGGUUGGUGAUGUCCGAACCACGAGCAUUGGUGACCUUAGUGGAAGGAUAAGAACUGUCUGCUUCAACACUAAUACAAAGGCUGCACAAUGUACUUGUCGAAUGUUUGAAUCAUUGGGCAUCUUUUGCUCUCACAUCAUUGUUGUCUUAAAGAAUGAUGGGUGUAAUGAAAUUCCUAGCCAAUAUGUGCUGCAUAGGUGGACUAAAAUGGCUGCACGACAUCUUUGCUAUGAUGCCAAUGGACAUGAGAUGGAAGGGUCAUCUACUUCUCUUUCACCUAUCAUCAAGAAAUUGUAUUCACAAACAUGCUCGCGGUUCAGCUUGGCAUUGCAUGAAGCUAGACAUUGUGAGGACAAGAUGGAAUACUUAAACAAAGUUGUUGCUGAUGCUCUUGCACACUUGAGGCAGACGGCGCCACUUGACGAACAAAGUAAAGUUCAAGAGUUUGAAUCCUUUAUUGGAACAACAUUCCCAAGCAUCAUCAAUAUUCAUCCCCCUGAUAUUGCAAAUACAAAGGGCAGUGGCAAGAGAUUGAAGAGGGGUUCAGAGGAGGCCAUUAACAAAAGGAAAAAGAGCAAGUAGCAUCCAAGAAGGUUCAACAUCAGCAUAUUGUUCUACUUAACGAGGCAAACAUGACGGCACAACCCACCAAAUGGAGCGGACAACCUUUACUUUGCGUUAAAUAAUGGAUGAAAAAUGUGUUUGUUAAUGUGAUAUAUGGACCUAGUUCAAGUACACCAUGUUGAAUCUGUUGCAAUAUAUGUGUACCUACUAAUCUUCUAUACAUUUCUUGUAACUGCUGGCUGCAACUCUAGUUAUGUGCAUGAGACUAAUGUGUAUUGUCAUGAAUCUCGUUCACAAAGCAUUCAAACUGUCCUACUAUGAGCUACGAAAUGUCGAGAUGGUUGUUGAUGUGUUGCCUUCUGAGUUCAGAAAGGUGUUUAACACACCUGAUGUUCUGGUCUUUCCAUC